AUGAAUUUUCUGAAUUGUAUUUAUUGUGGAUGUGUUGGCGCAUCACUUGGAUUCUAUUCGAUUCAGUUUUUCUACAGAUAUCUGGUCUCAAAUAAUCUCUCCUCAAUGAAUUAUUCACAAAAUAAUAAAACCACUAUAAUAUUUUUGAUUCCAUUACUCUUUGGAACAAUGUGGACACUUUGCCCAUAUUUUCUAGCGCCAAUGAGUGAAGCGAAGAGUAAUUAUGUUAGAGAAGACAUGCUGGAUCAACUAGGCAUCGAUGUUUUGCAUACAAUUUAUGUUGGUUUCUUUUUCUACCCUAAAGAUAGAAACGGUAAUCGAUUUCUUCAUAUCAAUUCACUUAUUGUGAAUAUUUUGGAGUCUAGCUCAUUGGUCAGUUUGAUUUUGAAAAAUAACUACAAAUUGUUUUUCUAUAAUUCAUAAUUCAGACGGCUUCGUUAUUCUCAAUAUUUUAUUACGGCUAUCAAUGCUAUAAAAAUAUGAAUGAGAAUUUAGCGAUGUCUAUCUCACAUCGAAACUUGCAAAAACAACUUUUUCUUGCAUUAGUUAUUCAAACAUCAGUUCCCAUCAUUUUGUUGCAUUUUCCAGUUGCGAUAGCCUAUAUUCUUGUGGUUUUAGAGAAGGCUCUUGGACCAUGGAGUGGGUUUCUAACAAUUACAAUUGCAUUGUAUCCCGCAGUUGAUCCACUCCCAAAUAUUUUGAUUAUUAAAAGUUAUCGAAAUGCAAUCAAAGAGUUUAUUUGUAAAUUUAUUCAUGUCGGAAAAUCCGCGCAAGUCGCUGAUGUUAGUAGAGAAGUGACGCGUGUCACUUCCUAA